UUUUCUCUUCAUAGCUAGCCAUGGAUCUCUAUCUUAAUAAUUACACAAUCCAAUAGCCAUUUCAUCUUAUCAUAUUAUCUUACCAUGAAAAUGAAGCACCUAGAUCUCUUUUGUGCAUCCCCUGCUUCCACAGCCAUAUGUUCAAGCAUGGACCAACGAGCCAUAGUCAGCUCAACCCCUCGUCGCCACCACGCCCGCCGCCAGCUUGGUGACUCCAAGAGACCGAGCCCCAACAUACCCUUCUCAUCAUCAUCUCAACUGGUGCCCAUUGAUCCCAACAACAAAAACAGGGGCAGCAGUUCUGUCAGAGACACCACCCGGUCUGAUCUGCAUACAAGGAAAACCUCAUCAGUUUCUCAUGAUCAACUCAAAGCUGGAUCCUCCUCAAACAACCUUCUCAAUAAUGAAACCGAUACACACAAAUUCUUUAAUCUUCUGGCUGAUUCCGACCACUUCAAAACUAUUCAUGUCGUGCCAACGCAGGAGAAUCCCUCUUCCUCUCUAAAUUCCACCAGCCGUCGCACUCAGGUGGUGGAGCUAAUGGUAUCAAUACAUUGCAAGGGCUGUGAGGGAAAAGUAAGAAGACAUAUCUCUAGGUUGGAAGGGGUGACAUCGGUUAAUAUAGAUUUGGCGUCGAAGAAAGUGACAGUGGUGGGAGAUGUCACGCCUUUACAAGUCCUAACAAGCAUUUCGCGAGUGAAAACUGCUCAAUUUUGGCCCUAUGCUCCUGCAUAGAAACCAUCCAUCAUUAAGAUUCUCAUAAACAUCUAUAUGCAUGUCUAAUUUACAUAAUUACAUAUAUUAAUCAACAGUUAUUGUUAGUAUGCAUGUUGAUGUUUAGAUAAUUUCCUAUUAUUAGUCAAUGUGACCAGUCAUGUAUUUGAUAUUG